CCACAAGUCCAUAUUCUGCAGGAGGCUGGUUUCACUGACUGGAGUAGAACACCUGAGCAGGUGUGUUUGCUGCUGACGCCAACAGGAUGUCCUGCUGCUCCUGCUGCUGCUGCGGGGCUCCCGGCGGGGAGCUGCUGGAGGGUCAAAGGUCACGUGUCUCACCUGCAGGGAUCAGGAAGAAGGAGCCGGUGCGGGGGGGGCAGGAGCAGGAAGCAGCAGGAGGGCAGGAAGAGGAGCGCAGCAGGAACAUGGACAUCUCUCUGCUCAGACAGCAGUACAGGUGCACCACAGAGAGCCAGAAGAGACGCACUCAGGUGCUUCUGUUCCGCAAAGUGUCGGUGGAGCUGCUGGAGGCCGUCAGCGUCGUCCCUGUCGCUCAGGGUUUGACGUCGCCAUGGGAACCAAACAGCAGCUCGCCGCCGGCCAUAACCUUUGACCUCGACCCGGCGACCUGCGACCCCUGGCACGUCCACCUGGGCCUCCACCGGCGCUCCUGUCCCGGCGGCAGCGCGCAGCUCUCAGCUUCCUCCCGGCGGUCUUCGUCGUUCUCGGAGGCCGGCGGCUCCCGGCGGGAUGCGGAUUCGACGUCUCCCUGCUGCUCCUUCAACAGCACCAGCGAGGAAGAUCUCCUCAACACUGACCGGUCCGGAGGAGACCCAGAGAAGAUGGAUCCAGUCCAGGUUUCUGUCUCGGAGCAGAAUCCCAGUGAGGAUCAUCCCGCCGGCGCUCUCACCAGCUCUGAUGAAAGCUCCACCCCCGUCGCCUCCAUCACCUGCUCCCCCAGCAGCUCCACCACCAGCCUACAUGAAGACCUGAAGGAGAACCAGCCUGCAGGUAGCAAAACCUGUGACGGCGUCCUGCAGACCGGCAGCACCUCGGCGUUGAGGGGCUCCGGGAAGUUCUCGUCCCCGGCCCUCAGGUUCACCAGGCAGCUGAGCGUAGGGGGGGUGGGCUCCCCUACGGGGGUCCACCAGAACCAGAACUACCACCCGUUCCCCAACCGCAAGACCCCGAGGAUCUCUGAGGCCGCCAGGAGGCUGGGGAUGUACUCGUCCUUCUGAGGAGCAACGGGGCCGCGAGGCGAUCCGUGAAGCACAGGAAGUCACGUGACUACAUCGCGUCACAUAUAGACGUGAAAUCAUUAAAACUCAACUUAUUAUUAUUAUUAUUGUUUAAUCAUUUUUAUUUCAACAGUCUGUUUAUGAGCAGCGUUUAUUUGAGCUAACAAAUGCUAACUGGCUAAAUCUGCUCGUUCACUUUUGGGAAAUAAAGUUUUUUUUUUUGAAAAAGGAGCAGGGAGCGUGCGAUUGGCUGAAAGGUGAGAAAUAAAAACAGACUUUUGAAGUCACAUUUCAUAAUAAUGUGUUGAGUUUUAAUAAUUGGUUUCGAUUAUCUCACAAAUGGUCUGUUUAUUUUUAUGUUUUUCACAGUUUAUCCACGUGAUUAUUGUUUCAGAGGUCACAGAUGUUCACUUCAAAAUAAAACUUUAUUGACAAUAAAAUAA